AGUGGGCAUUAUUUAGAACAGUACACACCCACGUGCUUCGUUAUGGAGUCUGAGCUACUCCAGUUAUCAGAGUCUCUUGAGUCUUCCGAGGCCUCAGCAGAAGCUAUUGAGAGUGGGAUCAGAUAUCUGAAGGCUUUGAAAAGCGGGAGGGGUCGAUUGGAAUCAUGUCACAGCGCUCUGUGUGUAGGUAUGCUGGCUGGUAUCAAGUCUGGGGGGUCCAAGACUGCCUCUGAUCUGCUCAACUGCUGUGGUACCAAGGCAGCCUUGAGAGUGGUGUACUCCUGCAUUGGACAAUCUGAGUUGUCUGCUGCUCUCUGGCUGUCUACAGAGGUGCAAGCAUUGCUAACAUCCGGGCGCCUCACUGCCUUGUUCAGAGAUGAGCUCAGCCCCGCCCCCCUCUCAGCCGAUCUAGAGCAGUUGGUGGGUGUGGUUUGUAGACUACCGGACACACUUUCCAAUCGCCUCGGUCGACAACUCUCUCCAUCUUUGCUGCCUCCACAGUACUUUAAAAUGGUCGGACUGAGUAUUGCAGAUUGUUUAAAAGACGUUGCGGCUACCUCAAAAUGUGAAAGUGUAGUGUUCUUGUCUGCCCUAAUAGGGACAGCUUCUGUGUUGGGACAGAAAGAGCCUGUAUUGGGUCCUCUCUUGUCGCUGCUGAUCGAUCAUGUGACCCGAGACCCUGUAUGGGGGCGUGUCUCGCAGUCCCUCUUCUCACACCUCCCAGCGGCCGGACUAGAGGGAGCUCUCGAAACAAUAGUCAGCACAACACCAUCGUCCCUCCGCCCGUCUCUCCUUCAUUCCAUGUUAGGAGAUCUCGUCCUGAUUAACCAGAGGGCAAAGUUCAUACUAACACACAAGCUAGUUCUAGUCAGAGUACCGUCCUCUCCCAAUGCCGUCUACAAUCUGAUUGGCUAUCUAUGGUCAUGUGAUAUGCUGGGGGAAACGCUCAAGCUGGCUUUGGGGGUGUGGUCAGAUAGUUCGGCUCUCAGACAUAUGGCAGACAGACAGCACUUGUGGAUAUCAUCAGUUUUGAUGUUAGGGAUUAAUUGCUUUAAAGAGAGCGAUAAAUUUGAAGAGUUCAAACCCAAGCUUCAACGCCUGACUAUGGUCGGUAUGGAGGCCCACAUAGCCAGCCCAGUGGAGGGCCUACGGAGGACAGGGAUGGCAGUGGGCCAGUUCAUCAUGAACACACUUCGUCCCAUGGAGAUAGACAAACAGUUGCAGUUCGAGUAUGAGGCUACGGCAGAUGUGAAGACACUACUAGAGUUGUCCAGACCAAUGACUAAGAUUCAAGAAGGGUUGGAGAAACUGAGAGAGGAGAGAAGUUACAUUUGUGAGGGUGGUGGAGGUCGUGACAUUUGUGAGGGUAGUGGAGGUCGUGACGUUUGUGAGGGUAGUGGAGGUUGUGAGGGUGGUGGAGAGAGGUACGGAGGAGGGAUGGUCAAGACUGUGGAUUGCUCAGACAGUGAUAGUGAUGAUGAUCUGAAGCCAUAUGAUAUGAGCGAUGACCCUGUCUCGAAUGUGCCACGCCCACCUCAGUACCUCCGCACACUCAUACAAGGUCUGCUCUCAACCAAGGACCCUCUGAAAAUGGAGAGCUCAUUAAAAGCUGCUGAAGAGCUCAUCAGGAAAGAACCUUCUGAUCUGUCAGAGGUUUGUGUUGAGCUGACCAAGAUUCUCCUCCACUUGUCUGACCUUUAUGCUCUCCCGAACUUUGUGAGCACUCGACUGAACUCUCUAGUAUCCCUCAGUGUUAGCCGCCCUCGAUUAGUAGCCCCCUUCCUCACAACAGAGUUCUAUGGCCCUAACUACAACCUCAGACAACGAAUGGACUUGCUUGAGGUGAUUGCUACAUCGGCCCUGGAGCUGUCCCAGCCCCGCCCACCUAGCUCCAGUGGGCGUGGCACUGUACGCCCACCUGUGAGGAAGGCGUGGGAGGAGGUGAUCCAGGAGAGGUUGAAGGCAAAGACACGUAUCAUCUCAAAAGGUCGUGUAAAAACACCUCCUACUGCUACCCCCAAUCGUUUUGCUGACGUUGCACCGUUGUUCUUUUUUCCUUUGAUGUCUAGUUACGACUGUCCCCAAGGUACGUUGGACUUGCUCGGACAGGACAGUCUGUUGCUAGGUAACCUCCUCUAUACACUGGGUACGAUCAUGUAUGCCGCUAAUAACACACCAAUAUCCCCGGCAAUGGGUGUGGCCCUACUGGACUUCACAUGGGCUCUCAGAUAUCACAGUGCAGUGUAUGUACGUCAGGGCGUCCUGUACUCGUUAGCCAUGCUCGUAAGUGCCACGCCCACUCACUCUCUCCGCUCACAAAUGGAGGGUGGUUUGGGGGAAGCCCUACAGUGGACCAUUGGAGUAGCCUCGGAUGAUGCAGAUGUGCAAUGUCGAACACUAGCCAGCCAUGUGCUCAGCUUGUCCCAAACUAAACUGAAAGAGGUAUAAAGAGUGGACUCUUAGCUAUAGCAAAUAAACAACAUCUGGACAAUCAAUAAUAUCUCAUUGUGGUAAUACUGCGGAUUGGCAAUCAUGAAUAUCAUUAAAAGUA